AUGUUCAAAUUCAAUAUCACUGUCAAGUGCAAAUCCCACACCCGAAGAAACUUACUAUCAGUUGUAAGCUCCAUCUAUGAUCCACUUGGAUUUUUGAGUCCCUUUACUCUACCUGCAAAAUUGCUUAUCCAAGACCUCUGUAGGAAUAAAUGUGGCUGGGAUGAGGAAAUGCCACAGGGUGCAGUGGACAAGUGGACAAAAUGGAUAAAGGAUCUUGAUGAGAUUGAAGAUUUCAGAGUGGCACGUUGUGUAAAACCAACUGGUUUUGGAAUGCUGAAGCAAGCAGAGCUGCAUCAUUUCUCUGAUGCUAGUGAACAAGGAUACGGCAUAGUGAGUUACUUGAGACUGACUGAUGAUAUGCACAAUGUACAUGUGUCUUUUAUGUUGGGGAAAGCCAGAGUGGCUCCACUUAAGCAAGUCACAAUUCCGCGUCUAGAACUUACAGCUGCAGUGCUAGCAGUCAGAGUGGACAUUAUGGUAAGGAAAGCUUUGGAGAUAGAUCUCGAAAGCUCAACCUUUUGGACUGAUAGUCAGUCAGUGCUGAAAUACAUUGCAAAUGAGAAUGCAAGAUUCCGCACAUUUGUAGCUAAUAGGAUCUCUGUUAUUAGAGAAAACACAGAUGUAACUCAGUGGAAAUUCAUCAGAACAAAGCAGAACCCUGCUGACCUAGCAUCAAGAGGGGUGAGUGCCGGCACAUUGGUGAAGUGCAAAGAGUGGAUCCAUGGACCAGACUUUCUAUGGAAGAAAGAAGAGGAAUGGCCUAAAGAGUCCCUGGGACCCAUGUCUCUCUCACUCGAGGAUCUUGAAGUUAAAAAGAACACCACUGUUUAUAGUACUAUCAUUAAAGAAAAGGAAAAUCCUACCAGCCAAUUGCUUAACUAUUUCUCAAGUUGGACAAAGCUAAAGUUGGCAGUAGCAUGGUUCUUGAAGUUCAAGAAUAUCCUUCGCCUGCUCACUACAAAAAGAAAAGAAAUACAGGCAACCUGCGUGAAUAAGGACACUCAGAGCCCAAACAAGGCUAAACAAUGUAAUGAAAUUAAAGCAUUUAAGACAUCACUUUGUGGACAAUCCGUAUGCCUGGAUGAUCUCUUGAAAGCAGAAAAGGCCAUCGUUGAGUUUUGCCAGAAACAAAGGUAUUCAGAGGAAAUGUCAAGAAUUGAAAAGACAUCACUUGUUGGAAAGCGAUUGAAUAGAUUCAGCAGCCUGUACAAGCUAGAUCCUGUGAUGGAUGAUGGAGUUUUGAGGGUUGGAGGAAGGUUGGACAAGUCUGCAAUGCCUGAGGAAACCAAGCGACCAAUAAUACUUCCAAAAGAUCUUCACAUCUCCACACUUAUCCUCCAACACAUACACGAACAGCUCGGACAUGCAGGCAGAAACCAUGUUCUCUCACACCUGAGAAAAAAAUAUUGGAUUAUAAAUGCCAAUUCUGCAGCCCGCAAAGUUCUGUCUAAAUGUGUUGUGUGCAAGCGUGUAAGAGGAAAGAUUGGAGAGCAAAAGAUGGCAGAUUUACCAAAGGAAAGAUUACAAGCUGAUCUUCCACCUUUCAGCAAUGUUGGUGUUGACUACUUUGGACCUUUCGUGACAAAAAGAGGAAGAGGUACACUCUAUUUCAUGGCCAACUCUGAAGGUUGGCUUGAAGAGGAGGUGACCUCCAGGCUCUCCAGCACCACUGGCUAA